AGUAUAAAUAGAGGCGACGAUCGCUUCUGGAUUUUUAUUCUCUCACGCACGUUCGAACCGUAGAGGUCCGCUCGUUCACGAUCAGUUUUCUCGUCAUUAUUGUUGUGUUUGUACAGUCAGUUCGCUGUUGUAUUGUCUAAUAAUGGCACGUACUAAGCAGACCGCUCGUAAAUCCACCGGCGGUAAGGCGCCGAGGAAGCAGCUCGUUACCAAGGCGGCGCGCAAGAGCGCACCGGCCACCGGCGGAGUGAAGAAGCCCCAUCGCUACAGGCCCGGCACUGUGGCUCUCCGUGAGAUCCGUCGUUACCAGAAGAGUACAGAGCUGUUGAUCCGCAAGCUGCCUUUCCAGCGUCUCGUGCGUGAAAUCGCCCAGGACUUCAAGACCGAUCUCCGCUUCCAGAGCUCCGCUGUUAUGGCACUUCAGGAGGCCAGCGAGGCUUACCUCGUCGGUCUCUUCGAGGACACCAACUUGUGCGCUAUCCACGCCAAGCGUGUCACCAUCAUGCCAAAGGACAUUCAGCUCGCUCGCAGGAUCAGAGGCGAACGUGCUUAAGGUGUCCCGCGCUUGAUCAACGGUUGACCGGCGGUGCGCGCUCAUUACUAAAAGGCCCCUUUCAGGGCCACAUAUGAUUCUGACAGUUGAAAAUGUUUCUUUACAUCGGACGUGUCUUAAAACGUAGCAACAACAAACAUUAAUCUUUGUACAACAUACAUACAUACAUCCAAAAAUAAAUAAAUACAUACAUACAUACAUACAUACCUACCUGCCUUCCUUCCUUUCAUGUAAUUUAAUUUAAUACCUACUAUAAUAGCAUCAUGACGAUGCCCCCGGAUAAGUUUUUGGAAAACACUCUGUAUGAAUUUAUUUUGUCAAAAUUUAAGCAGCUUACAUUAUUAUAUACAUUGAUAGAUAGAUAGAUAAAAAG